ACCGCGGGAGCCCUGAGACCCCGCGCCCCCCUGGCCUGGGCGGCGGCGGCGGCGGCAGCGGCAUGCACAGCGCGCCGCGGAGCUGACGGCGGCCGCCGGCCCCAUGUCCUUCGCGAUGCUGCGCUCGGCACCGCCCGGCCGCUACCUGUACCCCGAGGUGAGCCCGCUGUCGGAGGACGAGGACCGCGGCAGCGAGAGUUCGGGCUCCGACGAGAAGCCCUGCCGCGUGCACGCGGCGCGCUGUGGCCUCCAGGGCGCCCGAAGACGGGCCGGGGGCCGGCGGGCGGGGGGCGGCGGCCCGGGGCCUGGGGGGCGGCCGGGCCGCGAGCCCCGACAGCGGCACACGGCGAACGCGCGCGAGCGGGACCGGACGAACAGCGUGAACACGGCCUUCACGGCGCUGCGCACGCUCAUCCCCACCGAGCCGGCCGACCGCAAGCUCUCCAAGAUCGAGACCCUGCGCCUGGCCUCCAGCUACAUCUCGCACCUGGGCAACGUGUUGCUGGUGGGUGAGGCCUGCGGCGACGGGCAACCCUGCCACUCGGGGCCCGCCUUCUUCCACGCGGCGCGCUCUGGCAGCCCUCCACCCCCGCCGCCCCCGCCCCCCGCCCGCGACGGCGAGAACGCCCAGCCCAAACAGAUCUGCACCUUCUGCCUCAGCAACCAAAGAAAGUUGAGCAAGGACCGAGACAGAAAGACGGCGAUUCGGAGUUAGAGGCGGACACUGCUGGGCCAUCCACGGAGAGCCCCCAUGGACCUGACUCGGGCACAGGCCUCCCUGAGGGCACCCCCCAGGCCAGCCCUGCCCCAGCUGUGAGGGGGGCCGAUGGACAGACAGGCGGUGGGACUCAGAGCUGGCCCAGCACUUGCCCAGCCCCACUGGAACUUUCCGUGCUGGCUCCCAACCUGGUUUUCUUCUGGUCGCUAUGUGCUGGCAUCUUUGAUACGAUAAUAUAAAGUCUGGAAACUUUGUAUAAUUAAAAG